CAAGGGUUUUAGUUAGCAGCUUGUCAGCUGGCGGAUAUUUACUGUGAGCUGUACUAUGUUGUCGGCACGUUUAACGUUAACGAAAUUUUAAGGCGGUAUCGCGGCUGUUUACCCGUCGUCCGUGCUGGAAAAAGGUCGUUUUGGAGUCAAGAUGGUGAUAUUACGCAGCAGCGGUGGUGGUCCCGGAGCCGAACCGAUAGCAACAACCCCGAACAGGAGGUCGAUGGAGUUGGAAACAAGCUCGGAGUUUUUGUCGCUGCUUCCCGCGUCGCACAGAAAGUCCGCCCGGCAGACUCGGUCCUCCCGGGCCCUGGAUGACAGCUUCAGCAGCACCGAAAACAACACAGUGAAUGGACAUGCUGAUUUGAAGCAGGACGAGGGAAGUGGACCCUAUCACACUCCGAGGACCAGAGGGCAGAGGGUUAAACUAGAGGUCUCUUUUGCUGACAUGGAGCCAAAGACCAGCUCCCCUGUGGUUGAAGACAACACUAGAGGAGGAUCCCUCAGGAAAUCUUCCAGGCUGCAGAGAGAGGGGAACGCAUCCAGUGGCAAGCAGCAAGAAGAUGUUUCAGAUGUGGUGGAGGGAUCAUCCACUCCCAAGAGGAGCCGCUUUAAUCUACAGAGCCAGGAGGGAGAGGAAGAGGAGGAGGAGGGUUCAGUGCGACGAAGUUCCAGAAUCACCGGAUACAAACUGGAUACCCGUAAACAGUCAGUGCUCUACGACCGCCUCAUCACCAACACCGCUGAAGCUGUUCUCCAGAAGAUGGAUCACAUGAAGAAGAUGAGACGCAGGCUCAGGAGCAGAGAUAGAGACACUGAAGAAGAGCAGCUUGGCGUGUACACCAGGGGCAGAUUGACAAGGUCUCUGAGGACAGAUGUGGAGAGUACAGACGCCAAGGAGGAGAUCCAAGAAGGGAAUGAGGUUGACCAGGAAGCAGUGGAGGGGGGAGAUGAAGAAGAAGAGGAGGAGGAGGAGGAGGAGGAAGAGGAAGGAGAUGAGGAUGGCGUGGAUGAGGAAGAAGAAAAUCAGAGGCGUUAUGACUUUAGACAACGGAAGACUGUGGUUCGCUACCAGGUCCCACAGGAUGAACCCAGAGAGCCCAGGAAGCGCGGCAGGUACUCAGCGGAACACUCGUCUCCGACCAGACGCAGGUUCAGAUUCAGCUCCACAGCGCCCAGGAGCCCCUACAACAGAAGAACCAGCAGGAGGAGACACGCUAUCCACAGUAGUGACUCCACUUCCUCAUCUUCAGACGAUGAGAAGUUCCAGAUAAGGAGAAAUAAGAACAGGAGCAGGUCCGUCAACAGAUGUCUGCCUAUGAACCUUGUGAAAGACGACCUGCUGGGGAUCCAAAAGGACAGGAUGAAGAUUGGAGCCAGCCUGGCUGAUGUGGACCCUAUGCAAAUAGACAAGACGGUGCGGUUUGAUAGUAUUGGAGGUUUGAGCAAACACAUCUCAUCGCUGAAGGAGAUGGUGGUGUUCCCUCUCCUCUACCCAGAAGUCUUUGAGAGGUUCAAGAUUCAGCCUCCCAGGGGCUGUCUGUUUUACGGUCCACCGGGCACAGGGAAAACCCUCGUAGCCAGAGCGCUGGCCAAUGAGUGCAGUCAGGGAGAUAAAAAGGUGUCGUUCUUCAUGAGGAAAGGAGCUGACUGCCUCAGUAAGUGGGUGGGAGAAUCUGAGAGACAGCUACGACUGCUUUUUGAUCAGGCGUACCAGAUGCGUCCGUCCAUCAUCUUCUUCGAUGAGAUUGAUGGUUUGGCUCCAGUCAGGUCCAGCCGUCAGGACCAGAUCCACAGCUCAAUUGUGUCUACCCUGUUGGCUCUAAUGGACGGGUUAGAUGCUAGAGGAGAGGUUGUUGUGAUCGGAGCUACAAACAGACUGGACUCCAUCGACCCAGCACUGAGGAGACCAGGACGCUUUGACAGAGAGUUCCUGUUCGGCCUGCCAGACAGAGAGGCAAGGAAGGACAUCCUGAAGAUCCUCACCAGACUGUGGGAUCCACCUCCCUGUGACACUUUUCUGGAAGAAUUGGCCGAUAAAUGUGUCGGUUAUUGCGGUGCAGACAUCAAGGCAGUGUGCUCAGAGUCCGCCCUGUGUGCACUGCGCCGACGCUACCCACAAAUCUACUCCUCAUCGCAGAAACUUGUGCUUGAUGUGGACUCAAUCGCGAUCACAAGCAAAGACUUUAUGUCGGCCAUGUCCAAGAUGGUGCCUGCUUCCCAGAGGGCAGUAGUGUCACCAGCCAAGGCCCUGAUACCGGCCAUCCGUCCUCUGCUGAGCGCCGCCCUGCAGAACAUCCUCAACACCGUCAGCAGACUGUUCCCACACGCUGAGCAGGGCUUAAAGAGGAAGAGAGUACUAGAUGUGGCCUGUGGUCUGUCUGAGGAUGAUCUGAUGUACAGUGAGGAUGAGAACUCAGAAAUAUGCUCUAGUGGACAGACGCCUGCUGUUAAGGGUCUCCUCAACCUCACCAGGAGUGUGCUGAGCCACCCGACCUCCUACCGGCCCAGGCUGCUGCUGAUGGGCAGGCUGGGCUCAGGGCAGAGCUCCCACCUGGGUCCUGCCGUCCUCCACGCUCUGGAGAAGUUCACCGUGUACACACUGGACAUGGCUGUACUGUUUGGAGCCAGCGCAACUGCACCAGAAGAGACCUGUGCUCAGAUCUUUGUUGAAGCGAAGCGGACAUCUCCCAGCAUCCUAUACAUCCCUCACAUCGGUCAGUGGUGGGAAACAGUGGGCCCGGCCUUAAGAGCCACCUUCCUCAGCCUGCUCAGCUCCAUCCCUUCCUUCGCUCCUAUACUGCUCCUUGCUACAUGCAACCUGCAGUAUGACCAACUGAGUGUGGAGGUGCAGGAGUUAUUCCGGAUGGAGUACGGGGAGAUUUUCCAUGUCCAGGUCCCCAACAGCAGAGAAAGAAGAAACUUCUUUGAGGAUCUAAUCCUCAGUCAGGCUGCCAAGGCCCCUGCCUCAAAAAAGAAAGCUGUGCUCAAUGCUUUGGAGGUGCUCCCUGUCGCCCCUCCGCCUACCCCACGCCAGCUGACAGAAGAGGAGACUCAGCGAUUGGCUGAGCAGGAUGAAGGGACCUUCAGGGAGCUCCGCCUCUUCCUGCGUGAUGUAACUAACCGCCUGUCCCAAGACAAACGCUUCAAGGCUUUUACAAAGCCUGUGGAUUUAGAAGAGGUGCCAGAUUACGCUGAGGUUAUCAAGCAGCCUAUGGACCUGUCGACAGUUCUCUCUAAGAUCGACCGUCAUCAGUAUGAGACGGUGAAGGAGUUCCUCUAUGACGUGGAUCUCAUCUGGCAGAAUGCCCUCGAAUAUAACCCAGACAGAGACCCCUCAGGUACACAUUUCUCCUGGCUGUCCUGGCAGGUCCAUCGUACUCUGGCAGUUCUUUUGAGGGGCAGCGCGGUCAGACCUGUCCAUCAGGAGUUCCUCAGGCUGCAUUCCAGCUCCAAACCCAUCCCUGGCUUUAUCUCCUUUAUCACCGUGCCCCUCCUCCUCCCUCUUUACCAAACAUUACAGGCAUCUCAAAACGCUGAGCUGAAAUCCAACACGCCCACAGCACCAUGCCACAGUGCUCCUAAAGGGAAAUCACAAAACCCUCAGACCAAAGUAAAAACGCUGGUUUCAUGCAAUCCACAGAGCACAGAUUUGGAGUGCAGUAAAGCCACGCCUCAAAGGGCAGGUGAAGGUACACACAUGCAUCAAAGACGGACACAACUGUACCCAAAACCACUUGGAGCACUGCAGAGCGCACAUCAGGGAAUGGUAAAGCAUACAGUGGGAGAGCACAAGACAAAUGUUGAGAAGCAUCAGAUCCAGAGUCACUCAAGUCCUCUCAGCCCGACACAUGUCUCAUAUGUUCAGUCACAGCUUACCAGCCUUACCAUCACCACUACAACUGAACAAAAUGCUGAAAGGUCAAACCCUCGACACACUGCUUCUCCCGCGUACAGAGAGUUUAGGACUGCCAGUGAGAGGCCAACUCUCAGGACAAAUCAACAGCACCAUAAUGAAAGGUUUCUGUUUCGCCAAAGGAAUGGGAAAACCAUGCCUCUGGAGGGGAUGGCUGCCGGCCUGGAGAGACAAAGACAACAUUGGAACUGCAACUUUAAACCACAGGUGGACUUUCUAUCUGAUAAUCCCAAUGUCCUGCCUCCUUCCACAUCACAGCAAAAACCAGCAAAGACAGGCCCGUGGUUCCCUCUAACACACACACGAGAACACACAUCUCGGCUGCAGACUGAAGUAUCGUCUCUAGAACGCAGGAGGCAAGAUCAAACCCAGAGACACCAUCAGGUUUCCUUCGAGUCCCACCCUACAGCAGAGGCUCUGAGUCCUAAGCCUCGGAUGGACUCCCAGCUGUUCUCACCGUGGACACAUCUGCAGCCCCCCCCUUCUCAACAAGCCAGGUCCCCUCUCAUAAUGAACUGGAUACCCCAGAGCAGCACUGGAAGACCCAGACCUGUGGCCCCCCGCAACUCCCUCCUCACCACCUACAGGACAGACAGAACUGGGGGCUGGAGGACAUUUCACAGUGACAGGACUACAUCAUUAGGAAGGAGCCACAGCUUGACCGACAGACACCGAGCAGGCCCUCCUCCAAAUGUACCAAAGAUAUGA